AUGUCCCGGCCAGACCGUCCAACCUCGAAUGAGCAUGUCCUCCACCGCCAGCCAAGACUAUCGCCGUUGAGCAGGCGGCGCGAAUUGGCCGAGAAAGCUUUCGGGGUUUGGGCCGCCAGAGUUCGCGAACAUGGAACACGGCGAGAAAUGAGGGCGGGAGUCCUACUUGAUGCCCAGAAAUGCCCAGUUCCCCUGCUAGGGCCGAAGGGCACCGGGAGGAUCUUGAAGAAUAUCGAUCAACGGGGCGUCGUGCCCGAGGUUUCCGAUGACGCAGUGGCGAGGCACUCCACCGCCCCACGCUCAACCCCUUUUAGAUCGGAGUUCUGGGGACAAUCAAGAUCAUCGACCUACGGCCGUCAGAGCUCUGAAUGGGAAACGGAGACAUUGCUGGAUCAAACCAGCGGAUUAGAUGACAUGGCAACCUACCCUUGUCCGUUUAGGAAACGCAACCCGACCCGGUUUAACAUCCGCGACCACGAGGCCUGCGCCAGAGCCCCCUUCGACUCGAUCCGCGGGUUGAAGCACCAUAUCGUUACAUACCACCGAAAGGAGUCGACUCUCGCCCGACACCAAUGUCGGCGCUGCAAACAACAGUUCGAGACGGAGAUCGCGCUUGAAGAUCAUUUACUGCUACCGAGAGAUCAGAUCUGUGAAGUGACGGAAGCAUCUCCCGUCGAUUAUGAAGAUGGGAUAACAGAGGAGAUGGCAAGGAACCUACUGUACGGACGGAACGCAACCGAAGAAACGUGGACUUGGGGAGGGGUUUGGACUCUGCUCUUUCCUGACGACCCCGAAGUGCCAGACUCAGACUUCAACCCCGUCGCUGAGCUCGUCGAGGUGGAGCAAGCGUUUGACGAGGGACAAGAUGUGCUCAAGGAAAGCUUACGAGAGAAGCUUCAACUGCUGCUUCCCGAGGCCCUCGACGCGGACUACCUCAGCUUCCUCACGGGGCAGCUCGAGCUAGUCUUCGAGACACACAAGGUCAACGUCAUGAAACAGUCCUUGGGUCGCUGUUGCUCAACAGUAAGCGGAGCGCAACCAUCUAAGACGCAAGGAGCUGAGCACCCAAGCGCGUCGAGAAAGCCGAACCGCCAAUCCCGGCGAAGCACCCUCCUCCAGAACAUGCACCGCAGCAGCAUACAAGGCCCAACCCCGGCCCCUGCAUCCCGCCGAACCUCCCACAUCAGCAGCAGCACCGCCAACAAACGCGCACACCGUCCCUUCAGCGAGCAGUCCUUCCUGUGCCGGACGGACCCUCAGCAGCACCGACCCAGGUCGACGGCAAGCACCACCGCCGCCGCAUCACCCCCCCUCGAACAACACAUUCUCUAUAACACCCACGGCGGCGCCCGCACCACCCUCUCAACCAACCCCGACCCCAACCCGCGCGACUCGCGCGACUCGGGCAUCAGCAUGCCGUGCGACGCGUGCGCCGCCGAGCCUGGUGGUGGUGGGGAGGGGGGCGGGUUCUCGCCGGAGUCGUUUAAGCAGCGGGUUUUGAGGGGGCGGGGGGUGGGUGUUUAGUUUAGAUUCUGUACUGCAACUGUACAUGCAUAUUCGGGGGUUGUGGGUUGGGGGUGUGCGUUGGUUGUAUAAUUGCAUUGCGGGCAGGGAGGCGAUGUUUGGUGCCUGGUGGAAUGGGUUUGGAUAAUACGGGGACGGGCAGUUAAUGAUAUUAAUACUGACUUGGUAUGUACUUUUAGGGACAGCGUAUGCGGUGUCCUGGUUCCCGGCCGAUGGGGAUAUUGUCAUCGUUCACGGCAGUGUCGGGCGGUG